AUGGCCAAGAUUCAUUUCCUGUUCUCCGAGAUCCAUCUGCCUGAGAAGCCUUGCUGGACGAAAAUGGAAGAAUGGUCAGCAGAUGCAAGGAUGCUCGUAUACCAGCUCUGGGAACACGAAGAUCUCCAAGUGGGACAAAAGCAUAUGCACAGAGUCCGAAGUGCAGACUACACAAUCGCCUGGAUCUGCGCCCUGCACCUCGAACUCGCGGCCUCGAGACUCAUGCUCGACGAAGAGCACCCCGCACUCGGCGCUUACGAGGAUGACCACAACGUCUACGUGCUCGGGAGGAUCGCGGCGCACAAUGUCGUGAUGACUGCGUUGCCGGUCGUCUACGGCAAAGUUAACGCUGCUCUCGUAGCGACUCACUUGAGGCGCACCUUUCCCAACAUCAGAGCGACUUUGAUGGUGGGGAUUGGUGGCGGCGCCCCUAGCGAGGCCGACUUGUACUUGGGCGAUGUGGUAGUCGUUAUGGAGUACGACCUCGGCAAGGCGAUGGGUGAUGGCCUGUUCGAGAUCACGGCGAAAGACAAGCACCCGUCCUCGCUGCUUCGGGGCGCGCACGGCUUGGAAAAGUGGUCGCCCAGAGCACAAGAACUGCUCCGAACACGACUAUCGCAGUAUUGCCGUCCGACACAACCCGAUCGACUCUUCCAGGCCAGUUAUUCACACCCUACGGACACGAAGACUUGCGAUGAGUGCGAUUCCACGCGGCUACAGACCAGGCGACGGAGGAAUUUCCAUGUUCACUAUGGAGGUGUCGCCUCAGGAGACAGUGUGAACAAGGAUGCCCAGAAGCGAGACGCUCUCGAUAUUAUCUGCUUCGAGAUGGAAGCUGCGGGGAUGAUGGAUAGUCUACAGUGCCUCCCGAUCCGAGACUCGCAUAAGAACAAGGAGUGGCAAGAAUACGCGGCGGCAACGGCGGCGUCUUACGCCAGGGAGCUCCUCGAGACGAUACCAAGCAAUAUCCGCAAGGAUGCGAUACGACCAGAGCAGGGAAAGACUUGCCGGUGGUUCUUGGCUCACCCCAAGUACGUCUUCUGGACGGAUCUGAGUCGGAACACGGAGACGAGCUCGCUCUUGUGGCUGCGCGGCAAGGCUGGAGCGGGCAAGUCGACUCUCAUCAAGUUUUUGUACUUGGAGUCGAAGAGGAAACAAAAAGACGCCACGGUCAUAUCGUUCUUCUUCAACGCCAGGGGUGACACUCUUGAGAAGUCAAUCGCUGGAAUGUAUCGCUCAAUCUUGUGGCAAUCAGUCUUGGGCGACCCCGAAAUCGACCCAGCCAAGUAUGAGCUAGCUUGUCCAGAUCUCGACUCUUUGAAGAACCUUCUGACUAGCGCCCUGGGGAACCGACCCCUUCUCUGCUUUAUCGACGCCCUUGACGAAUGCAACGAAGAAGAUGCGCGAGAUAUAGUCGACUAUUUCGAGAGCCUCGUGGAGACAGCACAAGAGGAAGGCAUCAAGCUUCGCGUCGCCUUCUCGAGCCGGCCGUACCCAUACAUCCACAUAGAGGAGAAGAACGAGGCCGGCCACGCGCAAGACUUGGCCCAGUACGUCAAGAAAUGCUUAAAACCGCGUGCAGAACUCGAAGGCAGAAUCCUGGAGAAGGCAUCUGGGGUGUUUAUGUGGGUUGUGCUAGUUGUAGGGAUCCUCAACAAAGAAGCAAGCCGUGGGGGUUUGGCACUUCGGAAGAGACUACUGGAGAUCCCGCCUACGCUCAGCCAGCUUUUCAAGGACAUCCUUACGCGAGACCAGGAGCGCCCACAAGAGCUACGGCGCUGCAUUUUGUGGCGACCCUUAAGUCCUGGAGAGUUUUGCCACGCCAUGUGGGCAGGAGGCCUAGCGACAGGCGACAUCCCGGACGCUACGGACGACGAGUCGAUUGUCGUGCUGGCUACUAGUACAUCAAAGGGUCUCGUCGAGAUUGUGAGUACCAAGAAGAAGCAGGCGACUGUACAGUUCAUUCACGAAUCUGUGCGCGACUUCCUGGUCAAGGGCAGAGGUCUCCAGGAGUUAUGGCCCGACCUUGGCUUUGACUGGGAGGGGACAAGUCAUGAAUUGCUUCGAAGUGAUUGCGAAGCUUAUCUCAGGCGCUGGCGUGUUUUAACAAUCGCCAAAUCCCAUCCGCCGAGGCCGCACGAGUCGUUGGUGCUUAUGGAGUACGCGACGCAAAGCAUCCUGCUGCACGCUGACGAAGCGGCGCCUUCCACAUCGCAGAAGGAUUUCCUCGUCCGCUUCUUUGGCCAAUUCGACGCCCCGACACUGGACCUUUACCAGCCUGUCAAAGCAAGACGAUUUGGGAAAUACCCGAGUCCCCUGCAGAUCCUGGCCACUCUUGGGACAAGUAAACUAAUCAGACUACACCGCGAGACAAUCGACUCGAUCAGCGACAGUUCCGAGCAUAGAACCUAUCAUCCACUCUUGAUAGCAAUGUCAAGGGGCCACAAGGAUACAGUCGCCGCCCUUUUGGGCCUGUCAACAAUCAUUCAUGAAGGCGUCGACCCGAUGGAGGGCCUCCAGGUCGGGGCCAACUUCAAGCACUUUUAUAGGCGAUCGCCGAUGACCUGGGCAGCACAACAAGGACGGUGUGCGCUCAUAAGCCUGUUAGCUGCGAACGGAGUCUCGGUGCAGGAGAAGGAUGCUUUGGGGCUCACGCCACUCGAACGAGCCACGGAAGAAGGACGUGUACAAGCACUGCGUGUGCUGGUAGGUCUUGGCGUCUCUGACACUGACUUAUGGAAGGCUAUAUCGUCUGUCGUAAGAAGUGCUGAUGAGGGCACUGCAAUGUUUCUUUUGAGACACUUGGAAGGCUGGCAGAUCCGGUUGGUGAGUUAUCGGCGCGACUCAGGCAUGUGGCUAUUCCAUGCGGCCAGACGAGGGUUCGUAGAUGCUGUCCGCCUGCUUCUCCAGCACGGUGCAGUGGACAGAGACAGAAAUGCCAGUGCUAUCGCCGCCGCGGCACAAGACGGGCAUUUACAGGUGGUGGGGCUUCUCGCAAACAGCGGCGCCAGCUUGGAAACCGUGGGUGGCUGGUACGGGUGGACCGCAUUGAUGAACGCCUCUGCGCGGGGCCACCUGAGCGUUGUGGAAUUCCUCAUCGGUCGUGGCGCAAACUUGCACAUUACGAAUCGGGACGGAGAGAGUGCACUACACUUGGCUGUCCAGAACGGGCACGAUCUGAUCGCACAGCGUCUCCGGCGCGCUCUCGACAUCCAGGCGAAUGAGGAAGGCAAUCAACCAAGUAAGUAG